UUGCGCGUUAGCACAGAACGGAUGUUGUUAUUGUGUGUCCAUAGGCAAUUUGUUAGUUCAAAGGUUUUUUGGCGAUUUAUUUUGGACUGACGCCACGUCACAAUUACGCGCAGUCAGUGGCCUUCGAAGAUAGAAGCUGAACUAUUAGACCCUUCCCAGGUUGCCAUGACGACAUCCUCCUGACAUCAGCCUCCUGCCACUAUGAGCGGUGCCGUGCUGGUCGUCGUGCUCGUGGUGGUGUUCUUCCUGGCGUUGUAUCUUCUCCAUCGCUAUGGCGAUCUGAGGAGGCAGCAACGGAUGGUCCUGCUUGGGACGCUAGUGUCCUGGUACCUCUGCUUCCUCAUCGUCUUCGUACUCCCGCUCGACGUCAGCACGACCAUCUACAAGCAGUGUGUGCUGGAUAAUGCGAACCACCCAACUGCUGCUGCUGCUGUUGUGACUCCGACAAGGAACUCUAGCGGUCUUUAUCCAACUGACAGUGUGCCAAGCGUGUGUGAGCAACCAUGGAGUUACAUACCAGAUGGAGUUCUUCCUGUCUUUUGGAGGGUUGUUUAUUGGACCUCACAGUUUCUCACCUGGCUGCUGCUGCCUUUCAUGCAGUCGUAUGCCCGCUCAGGAGCUUUUAGCAUCAUUGGAAGAACAAAAACGGCGCUGGUUGAAAACGCCAUCUACUACGGCACCUAUCUUCUCCUCUUCAUCUCUCUGCUCAUCUACGUGGCGGCUCAUCCUCAGUGGCGACUCACGUGGCCCCAGCUCCAGACCAUCGGCAUCACCGCUGCCAACACGUGGGGUCUCUUCCUCCUGGUGCUGUUGCUAGGAUACGGCUUGGUGGAAAUCCCGCGUUCCUAUUGGCUGUCGUCAAUGCACGCUCACUCGUUGGCUAAGGCUUACUUCAAGGUGGCAAAGAUGGCCACUGAGAAGGCUGCGGCUGAGGAGAACUUAGCCGAUGUCAUGGAGGAUGUGUCCGUGGUCCAUGUGUCAAUCAAGUACAACCACUCCCUCAGGAAAUGUGUAGACACCAUUUUAACAAAGUGUCCUGCUGACUACCAAGAGGAGAUGUGCAGAGACGUGGAACGCCCCCCUUGUGACGAGGAGACGGUCCUGCCAAGCAAAAGAAGCCUGGUUCAGCUCCAUAAAAAAGUCAUCUCUGCAGUGCAUCGGUGCCGUCAGACCCGGGUUCAGUGGUCCAUGUUGCUGGAGGAGGUUUUCCACUUGGAGGACGUCGCUAAGAGCCGCAGCAGCCCGAUACGCCUCUUUAGCCACAGCUUCUCGGCAACGCGGCACCACGGCUGGAUCCGAAGCUUCCUCUACACUCCAAAAAUCGAGUGGUACUGGGAGUGUGUGUUCAGGCAGGUUUUCUACAAGCUGCUGGCAGUGCUGCUGUGCUUCCUGUCAGUAGCAAUUGUAUGGUCCGAGUGCACCUUCUUCAGCACACGUCCUGUCCUUUCCCUCUUUGCUUUCUUCAUCCAGACGGCUGAAAAGAAACACAACUACAUCUGUAUCGAGGGGGUGUGCUUUGUCACAGUGCUCUUCCUGUGCGUGUGCGUCUACUCCACAGUGUUUCGGAUACGAGUGUUCAACUACUAUUACCUGGCACCGCAUCACCAGACCGACGCCUACAGCCUGCAGUUCAGCGGCAUGCUCUUCUGUCGCCUGACUCCUCCACUGUGCCUCAACUUCCUGGGUCUGAUCCACAUGGAUUCUUCUGUUUCCCAUCAGGACGGCAUACAGACAUCCUACACCUCUAUAAUGGGCUCCAUGAAUCUGCUGUCUUUCAUAUCCAACGGCUUCUACAUCUACUACCCCAUGCUUGUACUGCUGCUCUGCUUUGCUACACUGUACAACUUGGGGUCUCGUUGUUUAAACCUGCUGGGCAUUCAUCAGUACGUCACCAAUGACGACUUGACCACUGACCUCGUGGACGAGGGCAAGGAACUGGUCAGGAGAGAGAGAAGAAAACAACAGAAGGCUGAGGAUGCAGAGAACGGAAGACGGGAUCGUAAAGAGCGAUACGGGGCCACAGGCAGGAGCAGAGCCGCUUACACUGAAAUAAAGGACCACCAGGAAGCAGACACUAUGGCAGAAGAAAACAAAAACGCUAUAUCAGUCACUUGGAGAGAGCCACAGCUUGAGGAACAGCAGAGGAGUCUACUGCUAAACUAAAGUUAUAUCUGCUCCAACAUUUUCAAUGAUCUAAAAUUCAUCCUUGUCUCUGUUUACCUGUCUGCAGAUCCACCAGGAGACAUAACCGAUGUCUCCCAUCACCUCAAAAAACAAUCUUUGAUUAUGUUUUUCCACACCUAAGUCACAAAUGGAGAUGUUUUAAAAUGUUUAAAUAUGGUUUAAAAUACCCCACAUAGUGAGUCCUGGAAGUGUAAAAAUAAAGUGCCAAGAGUGACAACGUGACUUCCUGGUGAAACCACAUACAAGACCUGUGUCAAUGUGAAUUAUUAAUUAUUAUUAUUAUUAUUAUUAUUAUUAUUAUUAUUAUUAUUAUUAUUAUUAUUAUUAUUAUUAUUAUUGUUAUUAUUAUUAUUAUUAUUAUUAUUAUUAUUAUUAUUAUUAUUAUUAUAAAGAUGUGAUGUCUCUCUUUUAAAUAUUGUUUGUUGUCUGUGUUCAUAAGUUAAUACAAUAAAUCUGGUUUUGAUUUAUUAAAAUAUA